GCGGAGAAGAUGAAUUUAUCAGGCAAUAAUACAUGGCAGGCUGUGUUUGUACUAAGAUGCAUUCUUCCAGAUAUGAGGUGCCCACAUGUGCAUACCAGUGACAAUUGUUGCCAUGACUACACGAAUGCUCCUCCCGGGCGUGGUAAAUCAGCUUCGGGCGCUGUAAUGGUUGAGUAUAUUAGCUGCAGGUUCAGAGAAACAGAAACAGCACCCGGAGUAAAUUGGCUGUCAUCCGAUAUCUAAAAUCUGUACGCCUCUCAUCCCGUUCUUCAUUCCACAGACAUUUUGCCAUGCUAAGUCAAAUUACCGCUGCUAACGACUCGGAGUCCCAAUCUCAGCCUGCUGAUUCUUAUCGGCCCACCACGGAUGUGGCAGUAGGAUCAAUGGGUGAUACGCCAAACAUAUCUCUCAUGACCGACGGUGCUCGUUACAUGAUGUAUGGCUACUGUGUUUCUCACACCUGGUUGCUCAUGUAUGCUCGGCAUCACAAUCUCGUGACGAACAACCAACGUCCAGAUGAUCUGAAGGCAAUUUUCGAUAUCCGCAAGAGGAUCAACUGGCACGAUAUCAGAUCCACCACUGUGCCGACGAAGUGUGUAUACAGGAUUCUUCACAAGGACACAGGUGGCACUUUGAAGUCCAUGAAGGGUCUAGAUAUUGUGGGCAAUACUGGGUUUGACCAUUGUUUUGUAUUUGCUUCCGGUUCGAACAGGAAUGCAACUGCGCUCGCCACCGCCUUGGACCCAGAGCAGAUCCGCUUGGUCCAGGAAGUCUUGUGCAUAACUUCAUCCCCACAAUGGUAUCUGAGGACGGACAGAGAGCUCCCUCAUCAACCAUAUGAUGGAUAUAAAGCUCAUCCUGAUGACGAUGUUGCAUCUCCCGCGCAGUACUUGGGGAAGAAUGCGACUAGCAGGAAGUGACGAUGGACAAAUGUAGCAGUGAUCAUUUGGUCUUAUUCCUUAUGCGCCACCAUUGUUCAAGCUCCCUCAAUAUAGGCCGGCUUGCAUGAGCCACGCAGCAUUGGUUGGAUGGAUCACCGAAACUUCUGUAAUCUUUGUGUCACGCGUUAUUUUCAUGUUUCUAACACCGAAUCAGCAUACUUGACUCUUUAAUCUUUUUUGGGAAGCGAAGGAGACAUACAGUCACGCACUGAGUUUGAGUCAGUCGUUAUAUAAGCAUACU